AAUGUUACUUUAGACGGGUUUUUAAUUUGAUGUAAAUUUUUUAUAUAACAAAUAUGACAGAAACUCCUGUUUUAAGUAUACGAUCAUGGAUAAGGGAAGCUUUAUUAGGCUAUGCUUUCUGGUGUUUAUUCCAAGGACUUGCUCCAAUUAUUUGGUUUUUUCCUCUUAAUGAACUCGAAUUAUCAGGUUAUGAAGCUUUUGCUGUAUGCCUCCUUAGUCCCUGUAUUUUGGGAAUAACUGCUUUUAAGCGAUUUUUCAGUCAAAGAUAUUCUAUGGCGUUACUACGAUUGAUCGCUAUAGCUGGUUUAGGAAGUUUCCAAUGUCCUUCAACAAUAAGCCGAUUAAUUGUAUUAUGCGCUGGAUUAGCCAGUAGCUUAAUCGUCUUAGCUGCAUCGAUUACGAGCAAAAAUCAACUCAAAAGACAUACAACGGCUUGGGGUCUCAUUCUUGGAUUGCUCACGUUUGUCUCAGUAAGAGUAUGGUUUUUAUCAUUUGUGCCAACCUGGUGGAAUGAUACCUGGAAUUCAAUAACCGUUGCGUUCGGUAUAAUAGCAACAAUUGAUAAAAUCGCUUCAGGAGAAGAUUCAGAGCCAAAAUCGAAUGAGAAAGAUGUAUAUAAUAGAAAUUGUCUCAUUAUGGGAUGUGGUUUGGGUACUAUGCUAUUUCAAACUCAAUUGCUAUUAGGAGAAUCGUCUAUAUUAUCAAGAUGGACAAUAAAAGAGUAUCCAGAUCCUGGCCCGCAACCCUUUCCACACGGAGCACUUAUCAUUUUUACCUUAUUAAUUGGAGUAUUUUUAAUAUGGAAUGGAAUUUUUAGACGAAGUAAAUUAGCUUGUAUAGUAUAUACUAUUUCCUUUUUUAUUCUUUAUUACUUUCCUCGAACUACGGGUUUUAGCGCUGGAUUGUUAGUAAUUUUAUACACAUUUCUGGUCUGGCCGGAAAUUUUAGACGAUUUAACUACGUCGAGAGCUGCAUCUACUUUUGUUAUAGGCGCUAUUGUUUAUCUCAUUGAAAUUUUCUUCUCUGUUUGGACGGUAGCUUAUAAUUUCGUUCCUGGUGGCGUCUUUACUCGGGAAAGAACACAUGUACUAAUCGGAAUAAUGACUGCUACAUUAUCUUUAUAUGUACUAACUGGUAAAGAUCAAAAAAAGAAUAAUUCUCCUGCCAUGAUUUUGAAUGCUAAAGGAUCUAGAGGAACAACUAAACACGCUUCCAGCUCACUUAUGAUCAUUUGUAUUUUACUCUUAUUGUUUGGUUUUGGAGGUUUUUUCUAUCGUCUACCAAAUCAAGAAUUUAAUCAUCCACCCAAAGAACAUCCCAAUGCAAAUUUUACGGCUGCUAUUUGGACAUAUCACUUUGGCUAUGAUAAUCGAGGAUGGCCUUCUCUAGAAAGAACUAAGACCCUUUUCGACAAGAUAGAUGCUGAUUUUAUAACACUAUUAGAAAGCGAUGCCUCCAAAACUUUCCUCGGCAAUAACGAUCUUGGUUUAUGGUUAUCUGAAAAGAUGGGUAUGUAUGUUGAUUUCGGACCAUCGACAAAGGAUCACACUUGGGGGAAUUUAAUACUGUCAAGAUAUCCUAUUGUUAAGUCUAAACAUCACCUCUUACCUUCUCCUGAAGGGGAACUUGCUCCAGCAAUAACAGCAACAGUAAAUAUGUCUGGAAAUUUUAUAGAUUUUGUUGUAACUCAUAUGGGAAAUGAUAGAGAUGUUUUGGAUAGGAAACUUCAGGCGGAAGUCUUAUCUAAAGAAUUAAAAAAAGCAACAAAUCCAGUUGUAUUCCUUGGAUAUGUAACAUCUGCUCCCCAAAGCCGGGAGUAUCUUCAACUAAUCGAGAAGGGUAACGUCAAAGAUAUUGAUUCUACAGAUAUGGAUAGAUGGUGUGAGUACAUUAUGUAUAGAGGAUUAAGAAGAUUGGGUUACGCACGCAUAUCAAACGGAGGAUUAAGCGAUACUGAAAUACAAGUAGCUAAAUUUCAAAUUCCAGAAAGUAAAAAUUUCAAAGACAACGAUAAACUAAUAACAAAUCCUUCAAAAAUCGAAAGAAUAAACAGAUUUAAUCCAUCAUUUGGUGAAUUUUCACAUGGUCAUAAUUGGAUUGUUGAUCAUCGUUAUCAUAUGAGCACACCAAAAUAUUUUCUGCCAUAG